AUGGGUGACAACAUCCUGGCUGAAAAGUGGCGGCUUGUACCGCUCUAUUUGCAGAACAGAGGCCUUAUAAAGCAGCAUCUGGAUUCUUUCGAUUACUUCAUCUCCACAGAUAUGAUGAAAAUCGUCCAGACUGAUGCCAAGGUCGAUUCGGAUGUGGAUCCUUCCUUUUUUCUGAGAUACACAAAUAUCGGCGUCGAGAUGCCGUCAAUCCAGGAAGACUUGAUUGUGCAUUCCAUAACGCCACAUGAGUGUCGUCUCAGGGACUUGACAUAUUCUGCCCCAAUUGUGGUUGACAUCGAAUAUACUCGAGGCAAGCAGAUCGUAACUCGCAAGAAUGUGCAAAUUGGAAGGCUUCCAAUCAUGUUGCGUUCAUCACGCUGCCACCUCAAAGCAUUGGGUAACGAUGAAAAGGCAUUUGCAAAUGUCACAGAGUGUCCCCUUGAUCCAGGCGGAUAUUUUAUCAUUAAAGGGACAGAAAAGGUCAUCCUCAUUCAAGAGCAGCUUUCCAAGAAUAGGAUUCUACUGGACGUCGAUCGCAAAGGGUUGCUAUAUGCCUCUGUGACCAGCUCAACCCAUGAACGCAAAAGCAAGACUUAUGUGGCUGUCAAAAAUGACAAGCUCUACGUGCGGCACAACAACCUUACCGACGACUUUCCCCUUUUUGUCAUGUUCAAGGCGCUUGGUGUGCAGGCAGACCGCGAGAUUGUGCAGCUGGUCUGUGGAAACGAUCCGCGCUAUGUGGAAGCCUUGGGUCCCUCAGCGGAAGAAGCAGUUUCUCUAAAUAUCUUCACCACUGCUCAGGCGCUUUCUUAUUUGGCUACACAUGUGCGAAUUUCGCGGAAAAUGACAAGCUCGCUUAUUGGGGGAGCGCCCUCUAAUGUGUCGGCUCUUUCUUCAUCUGCGGUGGAUCGCCGUUUGGAAGAUGCCCGCGAUUUCCUUACGGACCUUUUACUUUCUCAUGUCCCGGUGGAGGGCACCCUUUUGCGUCUGAAGGCGCUUUUUCUUGCGCUCAUGGCGCGAAAAGUAAUCCAGGCGCUUCGAGGUGAUGCCAUUCCAGAUGACCGGGACUAUGUUGGUAACAAACGAUUAGAGCUUUCUGGAGAGCUCCUUGGCCUUCUAUUUGAGGAUCUUUUCAAGCGCUUCAACAGCGACCUAAAACGCUCCAUCGAUAAGGUGCUUUCAAAACCGAACCGAGCUCAGGAGUUCGACGUUCUGCGCCUAUUGCAGCUACAGGGAGAUCUUAUUACCAGCGGAAUGAUCCGCGCGCUUUCCACAGGAAAUUGGUUUUUACGUCGUUUCCGCAUGGAGCGCGCAGGUGUUACCCAAGUACUGUCGCGGCUUUCAUACAUUUCCGGACUGGGAAUGAUGACGCGAAUUUCAUCUCAAUUUGAAAAGACACGAAAGGUUUCUGGACCUCGCUCGCUGCAAACAUCGCAAUGGGGUAUAACCUGCCCCUCCGAUACCCCCGAGGGAGAAGCCUGUGGGCUCGUAAAAAAUCUUGCAUUGUUGACGCUUAUUUCGGUCGAUAGCGCAGAAGGACCGCUACGUACCCUUAUCCUUGAAGGGCUUGGGAUGGUCGAGCCAAUUGAAGGAUUUUCUGGAGCCGAGAUUCAUACCCCAGGCACGAGCAUCGUCUUUUUUAACGGCAUUCCCAUCGGAAUCACUCGCUUUUCUACCCAGGUGGUGAGUGCGCUUCGCAAGCUUCGCCGCUCAGGUCUGAUUGAGCCAUAUGUGAGCAUUUCGGCUUCUUCUACAUCGUCUACGAUCCAAAUUGCCUCGGAUGGAGGUCGCCCGCUUAGACCAUUGCUGAUUCUUAAUGAGGACGGAAGUUCUCCGGUACUUACUAUGGACCACCUCAAGUCUAUCGGCACUUGGGACGAAUUAAUGGCUGCCAAAGGGCUUGUGGAGUAUUUGGAUGUCAAUGAGGAAAACGACUCGUAUAUUGCUUUGGGUUUGGAUGACCUUGUUCAAGUAAAGCUAGAGAAAAGGGAACACGAGCAACACUUUUUUGCCAAUGCUCACUAUGGGUCUGCUGAUACCAAAAAAUAUGCGUCUUUCACACAUAUGGAGAUUGCUCCUUGGUGCAUUCUGGGUGCUGUAGCGGGCCUGAUCCCAUUCCCAGAUCACAAUCAGAGCCCUAGAAAUACCUAUCAAUCUGCAAUGGGUAAACAAGCCAUGGGCACCAUUGGAUACAACCAGCUGGAGCGGAUUGAUACGCUUUUAUACACCCUCUGCUACCCCCAACGCCCAAUGGUCAAAACAAGGACCAUCGAGUUGACAAACUAUGAGCGACUGCCAGCAGGGCAGAAUGCUUCUGUGGCCGUGAUGUCGUGGUCUGGCUUUGAUAUUGAAGAUGCACUAAUAAUCAACAAAGCGUCACUAGACCGUGGAUUUGGGCGGUGUAUGGUCAUGAAAAAGGGCAUGGUCACCCUAAAAAAGUAUGCCAAUGGCUCGUAUGACCGCAUAGUGGCUCCACCGCCAUCCAGCUACUCCAAAUAUGAGGCAUUGAGCGGGGACGGUAUUGCCUCACCAGGGGAGCGUCUUCUACCUGGGCAUGUGAUCAUUAAUAAGCAAAUUCCUAUUGGCGGCGGGAUCGCUGCUGGGGAGGACGCAUCGAAAAACACCACCACUGCAGGUGGCGAAUACAAAACCGUAGCGUUGACACACAAGUCUCCCACUAGUGUGCUGGUUGACCGCGUCCUUUUGACUACCAACAGCGAUGACCAGCUUACGGUCAAAGUACUGUUGCGUUCAACACGACGCCCAGAGAUUGGGGACAAGUUUUCCUCGCGCCAUGGGCAAAAGGGUGUUUGUGGGUUGAUCGUUCCACAGGCCGACAUGCCGUUCGGUGUGUCACCAGAUAUUAUUAUGAAUCCACAUGGGUUUCCAUCUCGCAUGACCGUGGGUAAGAUGCUCGAGCUAUUGCACGGCAAGGCGGGGGUGAUGGCUGGCCGUCUCGCAUAUGGAACGCCAUUUGAGCCGCCAGGCGCCUUUGAGGGCGACCAUAGCGACAUUCUUUCCUCUGCCACCACUACUAGCUAUGAGGAGGCUUGUGCUGAGAAGGCGCAAACGGUUGGACAGAUGCUUUUACAAAAGGGCUACUCCUAUGGAGGCAAGGAUACCCUCUGUUCGGGAACCACUGGUGAGCUUCUUGGCGUUUAUAUUUUCUUUGGGCCAAUUUAUUAUCAAAAGCUCAAGCACAUGGUGCUCGAUAAAAUGCAUGCACGUGCAAGGGGGCCUCGGGCGGUUCUCACAAGACAGCCUACGGAGGGUCGCGCGCGAGAUGGCGGUCUCAGGCUCGGCGAGAUGGAGCGAGAUUGUCUGAUCGGAUAUGGAGCUUCAGCGCUUCUCAUGGAACGAUUAAUGCUUUCCUCGGACUCCUUCAAUGUAGAUGUAUGCGAAGGCUGCGGGCUCCUGGGAUACUCAGGGUGGUGCAACCUCUGCAAGUCCUCGUUAAAGGUAACCACAACCACUAUCCCAUAUGCGUGCAAGCUAUUAUUUCAAGAAUUGCAGUCACUGGUGCUUGUUAUGGACGGGUUUGAAGAGCUUGAGGCGGUCACUGUGAUAGACAUCCUACGACGGGCAAACAUUUCUACCACGGUUGUCACCAUUAUUAAUAGUCCGAAUCGUACCCUCAAUGCGGAGACUGGUCGACUUCUUAGCCAUGUUGUGGGUUCCAAUAAGCUCCACUUGGUUCCAGAUGCAACUCUUGAAAUGGUGGAUGGGCACUUUGUCUUGAAAAAGAGCAUGGCAUUUGGGGAAACCAUUAUCCUUGAAACUGAAAAGAUUGCCGUUGUGCUUCCCGGGGGAAUGGGGGGAGUACAAGAGAUUUGCAGUUCUGCGUUGGCCCUUGAGCUCAUCAAGAAGGUUUAUGAUUCGAAAGAAAGCAUCCUUGGGGCAAUAUGUGCCGCCCCAAUGGCUUUGAAGGAGGCUGGAAUAGUUGGAAAGGAUAUUCAGCUCACCGCAUAUCCUUCAUUCAAGGACGAUCUUUCUGGGGUCUACACCUGGAGAGACGACGUUCCGGUCGUUCGCUCGGGAUCGCGCUCCCAAUUGAUUACAAGGUAUGCCUUUUUUUAA